AAAGCAGAAAAAAAAAUUACUUUUGGUUUGUUUUGGUUUUUUUGUGUAACUUUUUAAAUAAAAUAAAUUGUGUACAAAACAAAUAAAUUUAUAUUUUUUAAUAACAAAUCAUAAUAAAAAAGAAACAACACGACAUCGAUGUAAGGAUAUGGCACUGCCACGUAUAACUGAUUUUGAAAUAUUGGAAAAAUUAGGAGUGGGCAGUUAUGCGACAGUAUACAAGGCAAAACACAAGAAAACUAAAACUUAUCAUGCCAUUAAAUUUGUGGAAAUGUCUUCGCUGUCCGGCAGCUCGCGAGAGAAUUUAAUUACGGAAAUUCGCCUGCUGCGCUCGUUGAGCCAUAAAUAUAUUGUUACCUUGGAAGACUUCUUUUGGGAUGAUAAGAACAUAUACAUAGUCAUGGAAUAUUGUAAUGCUGGCAGCCUAUCAACAUUUAUACGUUCUAAAAAAUCACUGCCAGAGGCCACUUGCAAAUAUUUCCUUAGACAGUUGGCAGCUGCUGUUCAAUAUAUGCGCAGCAAUGAUGUCUGCCACUUCGAUUUGAAGCCUCAGAACUUGUUACUGACCAAAAACAAUUCUAAUGUUUUCUUGAAGGUGGCCGAUUUCGGAUUUGCCCAACAUUUGAAAUUGGGUGAAAUUAAUUUGCAAUUGAAAGGAUCUCCUCUCUAUAUGGCGCCAGAAAUAGUGCGCAAACAUCAGUAUGAUGCUCGUGCUGAUCUUUGGAGUAUAGGUGUGAUAUUGUACGAGUGUUUGUUCGGUAGAGCUCCCUAUAGUUCGAAAACUAUUGAGGAACUGUUGAUGCGUAUACGGAGUUGCGAGAAAAUUAAUUUGCCACCAAAUGCUCGCAUAAGUAAGGAGUGCGAAGACUUAUUGAGUCGUCUAUUGCAACAUGAUCCAGCCAAACGUAUUUCGUUUAAUGAUUUCUUUAACCAUGCAUUUUUAGAUCUCAAAACAUUUCCUUCAGAAAAGACUCUUCAAAAAGCAGUAGAGUUAGUAACACAAGCCGUGGAAUAUGAUGAAAAGCAAAAUUACAAAGAGGCCUAUUAUCUAUACUGCAGUUCACUGCAAUAUUUUGUACCUCUCAUAACAGAUGAAGCCGAUGCUAAUAAGCGCAUGGCUUUGCGCAAUCGAGCUCUAACUUACCUCAAACGAGCUGAAGAAAUUAAAAAUGUGCUAAUAGAGCAGGAAUACAAAGCCUUAGCUCUACGACAAAGUAAGGAACAACAGAAACAGGAGCCUUCAACGUCAACGAACAUAAUUACGGAAGUUUUGGAACCAGAAACUCGUUACAAACAACUAUUUGCAUUGUCUCACUCCAGUCCUUCAUUAAAAACAGCCUUGGAAAUAGGUCGACAAGGUGAAUUAUAUCUAUAUGAACGUAAAUAUGAUGCCGCAUUAGAGUCUUUUACAUCUGCCUUGGGUAUACUGGUGCCGUUUCUUAAUAAAGAACCCAAAGGCGAAAGAAGAACUUUAUUAAUACAACAGCUGGAUUUUUGGAUGAAAGAAGCUGAGAGCAUUAAAAGUCUUUUAAACGCUAAAGAUAUACAAGAUGAUGACCAAAAACUUAGCCAUUCGGUACGCAGUUGCAGUAUUCAGUAGAUUGAAUAUACUAUAUCUUAGAACCGUACAUGUGUCUGUUUGCUUUAGAUUUAGCUACUAGAGUUGUUCUUUCUUCUUAAUCUAUAUUUUCUAAAAUUAUUCUUAAAUAGUUUUUCAUUUUAUUUUUUACAAUAUACAAAACUUUUUAUAGCUUUUACAAACGUACACAAUUUAUACUUAUAGACAUAUGCUUUUAAUAUUUAUGUAUUUUGUUAAUUUUUUAUAUACAUAUAUUGUAUUUAUUGUCUUUUGUUUAACAGCAAACAGUAGCAAAUUUGUGAUUAGAAAAAAAUAUAUGUACUUAUUGUUUUAUUUAUUUUUAAUAAUAGUUUAUAUUUUUUGAUAUUUAUGUUCCUUAGCAUUGGCAUUAUCAAACAAACCAUUUCGUGAGUAUAUCAUUGUUUUUAUAUAAUUUAAUUGUUGUUUUAAGUUCCAUAUGCUUUACAUUGUUGAGAAACAUUUUCUUGUAUGUAAUUUUUAAGAAAUAAAUUCUAAAAUUUAUCUAUUUAUUGUUAUAAAAAAAAUAAACAUAUUUAAAUAAAACAAAAA